ACAGAGAGGUGUGGUAAAGCAUAGGGAAGCAUUGUAAAGCACAGAGAGGUGUGGUAAACCAUAGGGAAGCAUUGUAAAGCACAGAGAGGUAUGGUAAAGCAUAGGGAAGCAUUGUAAAGCACAUAGAGGUGUGUUAAAGCAUGGGGAAGCAUUGUAAAGCACAGAGAGGUGUGGUAAAGCAUAGGGAAGCAUUGUAAAGCACAGAGAGGUCUGGUAAAGCAUAGGGAAGCAUUGUAAAGCACAGAGAGGUCUGGUAAAGCAUAUGGAAGCAUGAUAAAGCAUAUGGAAGCAUUGUAAAGCAUAGACAAGCAUUAUAAAGCACAGAUAGGUAUGGUAAAGCAUAGGGAAGCAUUGUAAAGCACAGAGAGUUUAUGGUAAAGCAUAGGGAAGCAUUGUAAAGCACAGAGAGGUAUGGUAAAGCAGAGUGCUUUACCAUACUUUCACUGUGCUUUAUAAAGCUUGCCUUUAUUUUACCAUGCUUUCACUGUGUUUUAUUACACUUUGCUGUGCUGUUACUGUGGGAAACUUUUAUAAAGUGUGUCAGUGUGUGAGAGGGAGAGGAAGAGGGAGAGGGAAAGGGAGCAGGAGAGGGAGCGGGAGAGAGGAUAAGGGAGUUCCCAAUCUCAGCCGGUUUAGUUUCAGAACAAUACAGUUACUCUGAGACAGAGCGACACACAGAGUGGAACUGCCUGACAGUACAGAGGAAUCUGAGCUUCGAUCAAGAAGAGACAGAGACACACAGAGUGGAGCUGCCUGACAGUACAGAGGAAUCUGAGCUUCGAUCAAGAAGAGACAGAGACACACAGAGUGGAGCUGCCUGACAGUACAGAGGAAUCUGAGCUUCGAUCAAGAAGAGACAGAGACACACAGAGUGGAGCUGCCUCUGUACAGAGGAAUCUGAGCUUUGAUCAAGAAGAGACAGAGACACACAGAGUGGAGCUGCCUGACUGUACAGAGGAAUCUGAGCUUCGAUCAAGCAGAGACAGAGACACACAGAGUGGAGCUGCCUCUGUACAGAGGAAUCUGAGCUUCGAUCAAGAAGAGACAGAGACACACAGAGAGGAGCUGCCUCUGUACAGAGGAAUCUGAGCUUCGAUCAAGAAGAGACAGAGACACACAGAGUGGAGCUGCCUCUGUACAGAGGAAUCUGAGCUUCGAUCAAGAAGAGACAGAGACACACAGAGUGGAGCUGCCUGACUGUACAGAGGAAUCUGAGCUUCGAUCAAGAAGAGACAGAGACACACAGAGAGGAGCUGCCUCUGUACAGAGGAAUCUGAGCAUCGAUCAAGCAGAGACGGAGACACACAGAGUGGAGCUGCCUGACUGUACAGAGGAAUCUGAGCUUCGAUCAAGAAGAGACAGAGACACACAGAGUGGAGCUGCCUCUGUACAGAGGAAUCUGAGCUUCGAUCAAGCAGAGACAGAAACACACAGAGUGGAGCUGCCUCUGUAGAGAGGAAUCUGAGCUUCGAUCAAGCAGAGACGGAGACACACAGAGUGGAGCUGCCUCUGUACAGAGGAAUCUGAGCUUCGAUCAAGCAGAGACAGAGACACACAGAGUGGAGCUGCCUCUGUACAGAGGAAUCUGAGCAUUGAUCAAGCAGAGACAGAGACACACUGAGUGGAGCUGCCUCUGUACAGAGGAAUCUGAGCUUCGAUCAAGAAGAGACAGAGCGUGGACAAGAACAUAAAUACAAAGAAACAGAAAUAAUCUGAAAAUAAAACGUUCCGCUGGGCAUCGCACACGAUGUUCUCAGACGGCUCUCCCAGGUUCCGGAAGCUGCACUUCCCGGUCGGGCUCUGGAUUAACAACCCCAAGAAACACUUCAGCAAGAGGAGGCCGAGCGCAGGGAGUGAGAAAUCCAUCUCUAGCUCUGAUGUCAUCUCCUGUCAAGAUCUCCCCAGCACUGGGAUUAGCGGCACUUUCCACUCCUCCCAGUCUAGCUCCCAGUACCACGAGCAGCCGGGCUCCCAGUCCAGUGCCCCCUCCCCUCCUCGCCCCCUCCCCCUCUCCCUCUCCAGCUCCACUCCCUCCCUCCCCCCCUCCCCCUCCUCCCUCUCCUCACCCCCCUCCUUCCUCCGACCCAAGAACUCAGCCCAGCCCCCUCAGCCAAGACACAAGCGCCUGUCCCAGCUAUUUCUGAGGGGGCGUUCCCAUAGUGACCGGGAGCGGGGGGGCCGAGGCUGGGGAGGGGGCGGAGCGGGGGGGUGCAGCAGCCCCCCGGGACUGAUAAAGAUUUACGGAGACGCCCUGUCGAUGGGGGCGAACUAUAAAAGCGUUCUGGCGACCAAGAGCUCCACAGCCGGAGAGAUCGUGGCAGAUUUUAUUAACCGUUACGGACACGUGCUGAGGAGGAGAGGAGAGGGGGAUGAGAGAGGAGAGAGGGGAGGAGAGAGAGAAGGAGGAGAGGAGAAAUGUGUGUUGUUAGCGAGUGACUUUGUGUUGUGUGAUGUCAUCGGGCGCCCCCUGGCGGAGGGGCUGGGGGCGGAGUUGGGGGGCGGGGCUGGCUGGACGGCAGAGUGUCGGAGGGGCGUGGCCAGCUCGGAGCGCCCUCUGCUGCUCAUGGAGAUGUGGAGACCGAAGGAAGGUUUUGAGAGACGCUUUGAAAUCAGGAGGAGAGACGAGUGCGAGAGAGAGGAGGAGAGGAAGAGGAGAGGAGAGGAGGAGGAGAACACUGCAGGUCUUGUGACCCGCAGGCUCCGUCCAAUCCGCUCUCGCAUGGCGUCCGGGGGCGGGGUCGAAGACAGUGGUCGUGGUCGGGACGAGAAGGGGGCGGAGCUCCGGCGCAGCAUCAGCGACAUGCACCUGAGCGUGCGCCGUCGCCAUGGCACCCAGAGCGAGGAGCGCAAACACGUGAAGAGCAUGCUGCUGGAUGAGGGGGAGGGCCUGGCAGACACUCCAUCUGACUUGUUGACAGCUGGAUCAAAGGAGGUGGGAGGAGAGGAAGCGAGGGAUGGAGAGGGGAGAGGAGGAGGAGGAGCAGGGGGGGAAGGGGAGAGGGGAAGCGGCUGCAGUGAUCUGGAGAAAUUGUCUCAGAGCCUUAUACUGCCCCCUACAGACCGGCCCUACUUCCUGCUACUGCAGGGCUACACUCAGAAAAAGGACUUUGUUCUCUACGUGAUGGCGGGACACACUCACAUUUUUGGGCGCACUCUAACCCCAGCGGAGAGGGAGAAGGAGAGGGGGAGCGAGAGAGAGAGGGAGGGGAAAAGGAGGGACAAGCUGAGGGUCGACACCUUCCUCUCAGCCCCUGAUAUCCUUCCCAGGCACCUAUUGGUCCGCAGGGACUCCGCCGUCCGAGGACACGCCCCCUCUGCAGAGACAGGCCACGCCCCUUCAGCAGCAUUGGUCCGUCCCUUCAGGGGCGGGGUCGUGACUCACAAUGGGGCGGAGCUAGUGAGGGAGGCGAAGCUGAGGCCGGGGGAUGUGCUGGGGCUGGGCCAGCACUUCCUGUUCCUGUAUAAAGACCCGCGCUGUGUCUCCGCCCCCCUCCUCCCUGCCCUCCUCUCCCCGCUCCGCUCCCCCACGCAGUCUCCUCCCAGCCUCGUGGGGGCGCUGUGCUGCCAGGCGUGCGGGCGAUCGCAGGCAGAGAGGCAGGCUCGCUUGAGGGAGUACCUGAGCUCCACACAGCCAGUGCUGAGAUACAGCAUAGCACACGAGGAACAGCUACUCAGGGAGAUCGUUGAGAAGAACGGGUCACCUGACUCAGGGGCCGGGGCUCUGGCUCCUGCCUUCCUGCUGUCACUCUGCAUAGACCACGCCUCCAAACACCUGCACCCCGCCCACCUGCCAGCCCUGCUGCUCAAAACAGCCAAUCUGGUGAAGGGACUGGUGUGGGACAAAAUCAAAGAGAUUGGAGACAAGCAGCCAGAGAAUCAGGAGAAGAGCGAUGUGAGCGCGCUCAGCAUAGAGGCCCUGACCUCUGAACUCCGACCCCUCAUGUUCUGGAUGUCCAACGCCACCGAGCUGCUGAACUACAUCCAGGUCAAAGUUGAGGACAUGGAGCGAGACCUGGAGUUUGAGAGUUCGAGUGACCUGUCAGCUGACCUGGAGACAAGCUCCGAGGCGCUGGCGCUGCUUGAUGAUGUCAUCAUGUACACCUUCCAGCAGUGCGUCUAUUACCUCACCAAGACUCUGUACUCUGCUCUCCCAGCCCUGCUGGAUUCAAACCCUUUCUCCCUGCCUCCUCCCUCCGCGCUGCCCCCGGACCCCUCACCCCUGACCCCUGACCUGUCCCUGAUGCCGGGGGGCGUGGCCCGGGUGCUGGAGGUGUACCUGUCAACGCUGGAGCUGACGCGCACCUGUCAACUGCACCCCGACCUCGUCUCUCAGACAUUCGGGUACCUGCUGUUCUUCAGCAACGCCUCGCUGUUUAAUACACUCAUGGAGAGAGGUUCUGGUUCUGAUUCGUUCUUCACCUGGUCUCGCGCGGUUCAAAUCCGGACGAAUCUGGACCUGGUUCUGGACUGGCUCCAGGGGGCAGGGCUCGGUGACAUCGCCAAUGAGUUCUUCCGCAAGCUGUCAAUCACCGUCAACUUCCUGUGCAUCCCCAAAACCCGCCUCAUACAUUCUAGCUGGUCUUCUCUCCAGGAGGAAUACCCCUUACUAAGCCCCGCCCAGCUGAAUCACCUGCUGCGACACUAUAGGCUGGGAGCCGGCAGGGAACCGCCCACUUCCUGGCAGCCCCCUGAAGAUUCCAAUCUGAGCUCAGAUAUCUUCGAGAGUUUCCUGGAUCACCCCCCUCUGAUCCUGCCUAAUGAGGUGUCUCGGCUGGGGUUGGGAGAGCCAAUCACGUCGCAGGAGCUGCAGCAGGAAGUGCAGAGGAUCCGAGCCUUCCUAUUGGACCUGGAACAGGAAGCCCUGCCGGCCAAUCAGAGGAUACAGCUGUGAGAAGAGAGCCAAUGAUAGAGCGUUGUGCGACAGAUGCAGCCAAUCAGGAAGGAGAAGUUGGAUACAGGGGAUUCUGGGGAUAAAGGGGGUGUCUGUCUGUACAUCCUUCCAUCUGUCUGUCAACUUGUAUCUGGAGAAGCGCUGAUCCCAUUGUCAUGACACUGGCUAUUCACAAUAUUUAGAGAAGCGCUGAUCCCAUUGUCAUGACACUGGCUAUUCACAAUAUUUAGAGAAGCGCUGAUCCCAUUGUCAUGACACUGGCUAUUCACAAUAUUUAGAGAAGCGCUGAUCCCAUUGUCAUGACACUGGCUAUUCACAAUAUUUAGAGAAGCGCUGAUCCCAUUGUCAUGACACUGGCUAUUCACAAUAUUUAGAGAAGCGCUGAUCCCAUUGUCAUGACACUGGCUAUUCACAAUAUUUAGAGAAGCGCUGAUCCCAUUGUCAUGACACUGGCUAUUCACAAUAUUUAGAGAAGCGCUGAUCCCAUUGUCAUGACACUGGCUAUUCACAUUAUCUAGCAGAAGAUAUUGAGAAUAUCAGAUUGUGGGGAUAUAGGGGGUGUCUGUCUGUCUGUCCAUACAUCCGCCCACCAGUCUCACAUUUUUGCAUAUGUCAGGAGAAACUCUUAUCAAUUUCCAUUAAACUCUUCAUUGUCAUUUCUUAUCCUGCACUGUUCUGUACAUGCUGUUGAUACACGUGACGGACAUCGACGUUUCCCUCUCACUGAGAGCUCUGAUUGUGAAUGUGCAGCCGUGGCGAUGGGGAGAGGAGGUCACUGACAGGCUGGUUUAUAUUGCUGGGAUGGGGGUGGAUGAUGUCACUGACAGGCUGGUUUAUAUUGCUGGGAUGGGGGAUGGAUGAUGUCAUGGACAGGCUGGUUUAUAUUGCUGGGAUGGGGGGUGGAUGAUGUCACUGACAGGCUGGUGUAUAUUGCUGGGAUGGGGGGUGGAUGAUGUCACUGACAGGCUGGUUUAUAUUGCUGGGAUGGGGGGUGGAUGAUGUCACUGACAGGCUGGUUUAUAUUGCUGGGAUGGGGGGUGGAUGAUGUCACUGACUGGCUGGUUUAUAUUGCUGGGAUGGGGAUGGAUGUCACUUACAGGCUGGUUUAUAUUAACCUUUUGUAUUUUAAUAGCCUGUAGCUUUACCCUGAGCAUUGUAAACGUUUAUCAAUACUUUGUAAUCUUGCUAUUAGCUUAAAUAAAACUGUUACUUGUUAAUUCAAAAACGCCUCAAUUGAAUUCUUAUCAAUCUUAACAGGAGCUGAAAUAGUUAACCCAACCCAAUAAUUUAAA